AUGGUUAUCAGGGAAUUCGACACCCGUGUCGUGCAUGAACUCUGCUCAAAAGAUCAACUAGACUUGCUGGACUCUGUAGAUCUUCUACGCUCUCAGGGAAUCGACCAUUAUGUCUCUCUACCACAGAUCAUCGUUUGCGGGGACCAGUCUUCCGGUAAAAGCUCUGUUCUGGAAGCUAUCUCCGGUGUCUCUUUUCCGGUCAAGAGCAACUUAUGCACACGUUUUCCAACCGAAUUAGUCUUACGAAAGACGUUGAAAAUAGGCGUCAGCGUCUCCAUCGUUCCAGAUCGCUCGCGUAGCAGAGUGGAGCGUGAAUCUCUUAGCAGUUUCCAUGAGACGCUCGACAGCUUCACUGCACUCCCAGCAUUGAUCGAGAAUGCCAAAUCGGCCAUGGCCAUUGGUAGUCUGGGUCGAGCUUUUUCGAAGGAUCUCUUACGGGUUGAAGUGUCGGGUCCUGACCGACCGCAUCUUACGAUCACAAAGCAGCAAUCUGCAGCUGAUAUCGAACUCGUACAAGAUGUUGUCAAGUCGUACAUGAAAGAGCCCAGGAGCAUUAUCCUUACGGUUGUAUCUGCAAAGAACGAUUACGCCAACCAGAUUGUGCUAAAACUCGCCCGAACUGCCGACAAAACCGGAACCCGCACGCUUGGUGUGAUCACCAAGCCUGACACUCUGGUUCCAGGAUCUGACAGCGAAGCCAUGUACAUCUCGCUCGCUAAGAACCCUGACGUGGAGUUUCGUCUUGGAUGGCAUUGUCUCAGGAACAUGGAUUCGGAAACUGGAUCUGGGGCACGUUCAAAUCGUGACGAGGAGGAAAGUAAGUUCUUUUCUCAAGGCAUAUGGCCCACGCUGCCCGAAUCCAUCCUUGGCAUCGUGCCGUUGAGAGAGCGACUGAGCAAAGUACUUCUUGUCCAGAUCGCAGCGGAACUCCCCAGUCUUGUGGAAGAGAUCGAACUCAAAUCUGCUGCUUGUCGCACUGGACUCGGAAAGCUAGGCCAGCCUCGGGCUAGUAUCGAAGAACAACGCCAAUAUCUAAUCACUCUCAGCCAAGCAUGCCAAGCCCUCACUAAAGCUGCCGUCGACGGAACCUACAACGAUGACUUCUUUGGCGACGCGAAGACUGACGCUGGCUACCAGAAACGCAUUCGUGCCGUCACAAUGACGCGCGAGGGACAUCACUUUGUCGUCACAGACUCUUCUGAUGCAAGUCUUCUACAAGUUGGUAGACCGAAGGAAAAUAUCCUUAGCCGGUCCGGGUUCCUCAAGCGUAUCGAGUCCCUCAUGAACCGUACCCGCGGCCGCGAAUUCCCCGGCACCUUCAACCCCAUGGUAGUAUCGGACCUCUUCUUCGAGCAGUCAUCACCCUGGGAAGAACUUGCUAGAGCUCACAUCGUCCAAAUUAUGAGUGCGGUGAGGAUCUUCCUCAAACACCUCACCUCCUACGUUUCAGACACUUCUACAUGUGGUGCACUAUUUCAAACCCUAGUUGAACCAGCUCUCGAGAGGAUUUCGAAAAAUGUGAAAAGCAAGGCAGCAGACCUACUUGCUUCACAUCAGCGCGGACAUCCCAUCACCUACAAUCACUACUUCACAGAGACGGUACAACAAGUUCGAAAGGAAAGAACUACAUCAGAACUCACACGCAUCAUCAAAGACGUCUUCGGCGUUAGCUCACUUCACCCAUCUGGGCAGUCUCGAUACAUAGAGAUGGACUACCGGCCGUUGCUCAAUGCACUCGUAUCGCAUACAAACCCUGAUUUGAAUCAGUAUGCGUGCUCUGAAGCGCUGGACUGCAUGCAGGCGUACUACAAAGUCGCCCUUAAACGCUUCGUGGACGACAUUGCUGUUGAAGCUGUAGAAAAAGAUAUCAUCGCUAAGCUCAGCGAUAUCGUUUCGCCGAUCAGAGUUGCCUCUCUUGCCUCUGAUGUGGUGACAGAUAUCGCAGGCGAGUCCAAGGAGAGCCGAGCAAAGCGCAGCCAGUUGGAAACACAACUGGGCGUACUAGUUCAGGGGUUAGAGACAUGUAAAAGAUUCAUGGUGGAAACGCUACAAUAUACACCGAAUACACCGACCCUCCGACAUAGGUCUAGAUAUUCUUUGUCAGAACUUCCUUUGAACCUUCUUCGCACAGAACCUCACGGAAAUGUCACCAACGAUGGACCAGGAGAAGCUGGGAUAUCUCAUGAAAAAGCUCAUGUUGAGCGGACCUUGCCAACAGAAAACGAAGCAGUAUCAGAACGAGAAUCUGAGUCUCCCGAGGAUGAGGAUUUCGCUCGGCCUAUGAGUGAGUCGACGUCUGACUCAUGGGCUUCUUCGUCAGGGAAAGUUUUGUAUGGGAAGAAGAAUAAGAAAAAAGGAAAGAAAUAG